GCUAGCCUCCGUGGCCCGUGGCCUUCCCGUCCAAGCUGUCAAGUGUAAUGUAGGAGAACCGUGCUCCGACUCCUCGUCGUUCCGAUCGUCGACGCGUUGCUGCACGAAUGCGAUCGCGCGUGGAACGACACGCGUGUGCAUACUGUGUGCAUUAUGUGAUAUAUUCGCGGUCUAGCAACGGUGUACGCAAGCACAGCGGCCUCGAGGCCCUCGAGCCCUACGCUCCGCGCUUGUAAACAUCAACGCCAUAACCGCGCUCACCGUGGCGUACCAGCAGGUCUUCCGUUAUGAAUGCUUAGCAGUAACAGAGAUGCACCGGGCGUAUCAGGGAAUGCCUUUGAUUGCUGGGUUCAAAAGUCUAUGCAUGACGAUUCUGCCAUCAUAAAGAUGCAAUACCAAUUCUGGGUGAGAAAGCAGGCCUUGUCCCAGAAAUUGGGGAAGAAGGAGGACGAGUGUAUAGUCGCGUCGGACGCUGAGCUGGACGCGAAGCUAGAAUUGUUCCGCAGUAUCCAAGAUUCCUGUUCCUACUUACAAAGGGUUAUUGAUAAAUAUCAAGAAAGAUUAUGCAAUUUAGCCCAGGAGGAAAAUGGAAUGGGACGUUUCUUGAAAGAUGCCGGGAAGCAGGACAAAACUCGCGCCGGCAAAAUGAUGUCGGCAGUUGGCAAAUCCCUGUCUUACUCCGGUCAACAGAGGCUCGCAUUGAGAGCACCCUUGGGCCGAUUGUAUCAGGAGGUGGAAACAUUUAGGCAAAGAGCUAUUGACGAUACGUUACAAAAUGUACAAGCGAUGGAAAAGGCCCGUACGGAAUACCGAGCUGCUCUGUCGUGGAUGAAAAAUAUUUCCCAUGAUUUGGAUCCAGAUACGUCCAAACAACUGGAAAAAUAUAAAAAAGUUCAAGCACGUGUUAAGCAAGGCAAAAUAGUUUUUGACAAUCUGGCCCUCGACUGUCUCCAGAAGGUUGAUUUAUUAGCGGCAGCAAGGUGUAACAUGUUCAGUCAUGCCUUAGUUUUAUACCAAACCACACUCCUGAAUUUCACGAAGAAAUCUGCACAAGCAUAUUCCACAAUAGCCAACAGCUUCAAAGGCUAUCAACGUUAUGACUUCACGGUUGUGCGAGAGCUGGCUGAAACCUCCAGUAAAUUGGCGCAGGAAACUGGCGGUGACGACGAUUUGGAGGACAAGGAUAAAUUACAAUUUUUUGACAUGGAUUAUCACGACGACGUUGAGGAAGCUCAAGAGGCUACCGCAAAUUCGGGAAGCACAUCGGAGAAAAAUAAGAAAGAUGAGAAGCUCUUGGACAUAGAAAAUGAGCCGAAGGAUACAUUGAUACAUUUGGAGACGACCGCAGAUUCUUCGAGAAACGGAAUCGUGCAUAGUACCAAAGAUACGGAGAAUGAUAAAAGUCUCGAGGAGUUCUUUGGAAAUCUUAUCCUGGAGAAAGACACGUCCAAUAGUACGGAACAAUCGGUUAAUAAAACUGAAAAAAAUAAUCAUACGGUAUUCAAUAGAAGCUCCGAGGGGCAGAAAUCGGUAAUGGAUAUAUUCGGGGAGUGCAAUCUCGAUUUUAAUUUGGCUGAUUUGUCGCCCUUGUCAUCGGAGACUCGACAACAGCAAUCGUUAAAUUUAUUAACCUCCGAGAGCGCGGCGCUUUUCGAUGAAAUCCUGAACGACAAGCAACAACAAUGCAUGAGCAAUGAUUGGGAAGGCAUAUCACACGACACUUUUCUACCGCCAAGCAUUUUGAAGCAGAGUCUAGGGGACGCAGCAUUAGGUAUGGGACAGAAGAGCACGACUAGUAACACAGACGAUAAAAAAAAGAAUAAGACUGGAAAGCAGAAAGGUAACUCGUGGUUGGAUUUAUUCGCAGAAUUGGAUCCAUUGGCUAACAAUCCAAUGGAGAAUCUUUCCGGUGAUAGUAAUGCUUCUGCUUAAUUCAUAAUGCAUUUUAAUGGUAUAUGCCCUCUCACUUGAUAUUUUACUAACGAUAAGAAAAACUGAUCAAGUUAUCGUUCGUUAUCGAUAAGUGAUGCGGUGAGCGCAUAAUUCAUAUUUUCACUUCAUACGUUUGUAUCAGUAAUUAUCAGUAUGUAAACUUUUAACAUUCCACAUUUAUUUUUAUCGUCAUAAGAAUUGCCAUAAGAAUCAAAACCGUUUGAAUUAUUACAUAAUUUUUCAUAUAAGCUAAAGACAGAUACCAAAGAUAUAAAAUGUAAUGUUUAU